AUGGCAUCCACCACAACACCCCCGAUCGAAGCAGCCGCCCCCGCCGCGCUCGCACCCGCCAAACCCAAGAAACAGCCCUACCCAUUCUGGCUCGGCGGUGUAGCAGCCACCAUCGCCGCCUCCAUCACCCACCCCCUGGAUCUGACCAAAGUCCGCCUACAGGCCUCGGGCGAUAAGCGCAUGAUUCAGAGUAUCAAGAAGACGUAUUCGACAGCAGGCGUCCGCGGCCUCUUCGACGGCAUAUCCGGCACAUGGCUCCGCCAAAUGUCUUACUCGAUGUGCCGCUUCUGGGCCUACGACGAGAGCAAGAAGAUCCUCGGCGCUGGUCCGGACGCGCCGGCGUGGAAGUUGGCGGCGGCUGGGAGUAUGGCUGGUGGUAUCGCAGGUCUCAUCGGAAACCCCGGAGAGAUCGUGAUGGUGCGGCUCCAGGGAGACUUUGCGAAGCCACCUGAGAAGAGGUUCAAUUAUAAGCAUUGUUUUGAUGCGCUUUUUAGGAUGGUGAGAGAGGAAGGUGUAUCGUCCCUUGGUCGUGGAGUUACACCUAACGUCUUCCGUGCUGUGUUGAUGAACGCCAGUCAACUCGCUUCAUACGAUUUCUUCAAGGCGGAGUUGUUGAAGACUAAGUAUUUUGAUGAUAACAUUAUGUGUCAUUUUACUGCUAGUUUUGCUGCUGGAACUGUGGCUACGACUGUGUGCUCGCCUGCUGAUGUGCUAAAGAGCCGAAUUAUGAAUGCAUCCGGACCUGGCUCGAACUCAACACUAGGCGUCAUCCGCGCAUCGAUGAAAGCGGACGGACCGAUGUUCAUGUUCAAGGGAUGGGUGCCUGCGUGGACGCGUCUUCAGCCAACGACGAUUUUGAUAUUUUUGACGCUUGAGCAGUUGAAGAAUGGAGUGGACUUUUCGAGGUCGAAGGGGUUCACGUUUUUGUAG